AUGGAACCUUACAGGGCUUUGUAUGGUCGUAAGUGUCGCACUCCACUAUAUUGGACUGAGUUGGAUGAGUGUCGGGUUUUGAGUUCUGAGUUAGUUUCUGAGACUGAGGAUAACGUUUCUCCGUGGAAGAAAUUUUUGAGGUUUGGUCAUAAGGGCAAGUUAAACCCUAGAUUCAUUAGACCGUAUCAAAUUCUGAAGCAUGUGGGACCGGUCGCUUAUCAGUUAGAGCUACCUCCAAAGUUUGACCGUAUCCACAAUGUCUUUCAUGUCUCGAUGUUGAGGCGAUACUGGUCUGAUCCAUCUCACGUUGUCUCUGUUGAAGAGAUCGAGGUUAGACUGGAUUUCACUUUUGAGGAUGAGCCGGUUCAAAUUUUGGAUCGAGAUGUUAAGGUUCAGAAGAAGAAAUCCAUACCGUUAGUGAAGGUUUUGUGGUGGAAUCAUGGCACCGAGGAAGCCACGUGGGAACCUGAGGACUCAAUGCGUCAAUAG